CUCUCCCGCUACACUACAUUGCGCGAUCGCCUUCGCAUCUUUUAGAGGUCCCCACCCCCCACGACAACCACUCCACAUCUCACUCUCUUCUACACAUCUCACGCUCGUUCUGGAACAUCAUCCUAGUUAUUAUAGUGCAGUCAUACUUCCUUCAUCACUCUUGCAGUUGAAAAGGCAAAGUCGAGUGUUCGUAGCCGUGUCAGGUCUCUGAGUGCUCACUUGCAUCGUGUCCCAGACUCCAGAGAGGUAAAAGCGCACCUUUGGCCGCAGCUGUCGUCCGCAGGAUAGCCGCGUGACGAGUUCCGUUUUUUCUUCGAUCCCGACCGGGGUUUGUUUACUGGGUGCAGUCUUCGCCAGCGAUCCCCCUCUUCCCCGCCGUGGGCCGUCCAACCGUCGCUCCGUCGCAUUGUGGGCUGCCGUCACAUCGUAUCCAACAAAAAAAAAACUGGCUCCGUAUCCGCUACGGCCGGCGGUCCGCCUGCGAUAUAUCCCGAGAUCGGCCUGCACCUCCACGAGUCCACAGCGCUGUCGCCCUCUUCCGUCUCUCUUCUGGCUCACCCGUUCGUCUCCAGCCUCGAGAAUUCUCGCAACCCCAUCCGGGACCCCAGAUCCGAUUCCCUGGAGACCCCACUCGCGCCGACCACUGAGAAGUGCAACCCCAGUGCGUGUGCGACAAUUCGCGACGCAUUUCACCAGCCGCAAGCCCGCAACCUUGAGAGACGCAAAGCUUUGACUCUUCGCGCACAAGAUCGUCCCCUGCGUCGCAUACCUGCUCUCUGCUUGUACAAAGUACCCAGCCUGUCCGCGUUCCGCGUAGAGCGCUUCACUACCACAUACAGUCGCCAUGUCCACAGCAGCGGUUGUUAAGGAAGCGGUCAAGGAGACCCUCAUCGGCUCCGAUGAGCAUGCCGCCGCCGACCAGGUGCAGCCUACUGCUCAGACCAAGGCGCGCUUCACCCACUACGCUGUUCAGGACUCCGAGACGGGUGAACUUUUCUUGGGACCCGAUCAGUUCAUUGAUGCCGUGGCUCCCCCUCACGAAGACUAUCAUAAAAUCAAGCGCGAACAGUACAGCAUCCUAUUCAGCGUUGCCGACCGAGCCAAUAAAGGAAAGGUAACCCUUUCCGACUGGACAUACUUCGAGAACCUGCUCGAGAAGCCCGAUGCCGAGUAUGAAAUUGCAUUCCGCCUGUUCGACGUUGAGCGCCUCGGCACAGUCAAGUAUGAUGACUUCCGUCGUCUUUACGAGCUCAACAAGGGCCCGAAUAGCAUCCCAUUCGAUUGGGACUGCGAAUGGGCCAAACUCUACAUCGGAAGCAAGACCAAGAGACACAACUUGGACUACCAACAAUUUUCGCAAAUGCUCCGUGGCCUACAAGGCGAGCGCAUCCGCCAGGCGUUCCAGCUCUUCGACAAGGAUGGGGACGGCUUCAUCGAACCCGGUGACUUCGAGCGAAUCAUUAUGGAGACCUCGAAGCACAAGCUGUCUGAUCACCUCCUCGAAAACCUCAACACUCUUUGCAACAUCUCCCAGGGCAGUAAGGUCUCGUAUGCGAACGUUAGGGCAUUCCAAAACAUAAUCAAGGAAAUGGAUCUAGUCGAGCUCAUAAUCCGUAAGGCUUGCGGCAAGAGUCAGGAUGGCAAGAUUACUCGCACUGAAUUUCUCAACCAGGCUGCAAAGAUCACCCGCUUUUCCCUCUUCACUCCCAUGGAGGCGGAUAUUCUGUUCCACUUUGCGAGUGUUGGUAACCCCUCAGGCAGACUUGGUCUUGAGGAUUUCGCAAAGGUUCUUGACCCUUCAUGGAGAAACCGUCACGAGGCCGAGGCAAGACUUCUGCCCCAAGCUGUGCAGACAAAGGGUCAGCAGUUUGCCCACCGGGCGGGGGAGUCGGCUUACAACUUCAUCCUCGGCAGUUUGUCAGGCGCCUUCGGUGCAUUUAUGGUCUAUCCCAUUGAUCUGGUCAAGACAAGAAUGCAGAACCAGAGAGGUGCUUCGCCUGGUAGCAGACUCUAUGACAACUCCAUCGACUGCUUUAGAAAAGUCAUUCGCAACGAGGGUUUCAGGGGUCUUUACUCGGGUGUCCUGCCCCAGCUUGUUGGUGUCGCCCCUGAGAAGGCCAUCAAGCUUACCGUCAACGAUCUCGUUCGUGGCGCCUUUACUGAUAAGCAGGGCAAUAUCUCCGUGAUCCAUGAGAUUAUUGCUGGUGGUACUGCCGGUGGUUGCCAAGUUGUUUUCACAAACCCCUUGGAAAUUGUCAAAAUCAGAUUGCAGGUCCAGGGUGAGGUUGCUAAGAGUGUCGAGGGCGCUCCCAAGCGCUCUGCCAUGUGGAUCGUCCGUAACUUGGGCCUGGUAGGAUUGUACAAGGGCGCCUCUGCUUGCUUGCUCCGCGACGUUCCCUUCUCGGCUAUCUACUUCCCCACUUACUCCCACCUAAAGAAGGACCUUUUCGGCGAGUCAAAGACUAAGAAGCUGGGCGUUCUUCAGCUUCUUACGGCCGGCGCCAUUGCCGGUAUGCCGGCUGCUUACCUUACGACACCCUGCGACGUCAUCAAGACUCGUCUGCAAGUCGAGGCCCGCAAGGGCGACACGCAGUAUACCGGUCUUAGGCAUGCUGCUAAGACCAUCUGGAAGGAAGAAGGCUUCCGGGCCUUCUUCAAGGGUGGUCCUGCCCGUAUUUUCCGCUCCUCGCCGCAAUUCGGUUUCACCCUUGCCGCUUAUGAGCUCCUCCAGAGUGUUCUGCCGUAUCCUGGACAGAAGGCGGAGAAGAUGCACGCGGGCGUCGCUGAUGCUGUGUCCAUGGUGAAAGAUUCUGUGGGCGGUGACAGCCCGUACACGAGGUCACGCAAUGCCCUCAAGAUCCUGCUGGAUCUUGAUGAGCAUUUUGGCCGCGUGAAGCUCGAUGCCAAUGCCGCUGGAUGGAAGGCUCUGCCCACGUGGAUGCAGACACCUCCCAAGACCGCGUAAGGUGGCACUUACGGAGCGUCAGGACCCAACGGUUAUCGAAGCUGAAAUGGGGAUAUGAGUGUGGAAUCACAGCUGAUCGUCAGUAGAUGCAGCUGGCAACUGCUUGACAAUGAGGUGACUACAACGGCUGACCGUUACCGACCUCUUUUCCAUUAAACUUUAUUUGGUCUCAAUCAAAUAAACCCCUUGAUCCUCAUCGACCGCCUGUGGCAGGGCUAUUUGCGCAAGGUCCAUCAAAGUUACGCAAGUGCAUACUACGCCGCCUGAGCUUAUGCAAGUACACCAUCAUUCAUGGUUACCAUUUCCCCUUCCCUUCAGGAUGUCUUUCAAUCUUAGUUUCGGCAUAUAUCUCCACGAUUUCGAAUCUGGGCACAAGAUCAGACAGGGUUUCGGUGCACUGUUAGACAAGACGGCGACUGGUGAUGGCAAAAAGGAUCUUCAUGAUAUCGGUUCAGCGAGCAUGGAGUACGAGAACACAAAAACACGGGGCGUUAUUGGGAGAAAAAUGCGAUCUGGGGUGGCGGGGAUAUUUUCGUUUCAGAUUUUUUAAUUCUUUUUGUCGGAUUCCUGUAUAUGCUCGUACUUUGCACAUGAGUCAACUUUUCAGCGAAUGCUUACAGCUCUCUUUACUCGCUUACUCUGACGCCCUUCACUGGGUCAUGUUAGAUAGAGGCUGCUUUUUUAUCCUCUUUUUCUUCCGUCACUAAAAAAUAUGAAGAAGGAAACGGGUCUAUGGCUAGACGUCGGUUUUCGAUCUCUUCGUUUCCUUCUUACUUUCACAUAUUCUGCUUACCAUUCUCUUCCGCGCUCUUCCUGAGCCCCGGUUGCACUCUGUUGGUUUUCAGUUUGGAGUUGACUACCUGAGGCAAUGAACGGAUGAGUGCAAGUGUAUGAACACGCGAAUGUAUGGCAAAGCGGACAACAAGUGCUACAGUCAUGACGCAUUUUCACAUAACCUUGCGUGGGAUAGAGAAAAGCAUCAAGGGAGGGUAAAUAGUUAAAGAUAGACUAGCGUUACAAGAUAAAGGUAUGUUAAAGACAGG